CCUUUUGAGACUAGUUUUGGCGGUCCAUGAGCUUCCUGGCUCGUUUGGACCAAUCUACGAGCAUGAACUUGUAACAUCAAUCAAUCGCAGCUAUAUAGUUGGCAUCACAUCCCGAGGACAAUAUAAUUCUGCUCGCAGCAGGAUUAGCUGAGCGCCUGAGUUCGUUGUUGUGAGUGGUUGCGAGAUUCGCACGGCCUGAGCCCGUCGCCCGACUCCCAAGCACCUAGCCAGCUCGGAAGCAUGGCAGUCAACAUUACGAACCCGGUUGGCGCGCUGGGCAAGAGCGGCGUGUCUGCUCCGCGCCUGGGCUACGGCUGCAUGAGUCUGAGCAACAACCUGUAUGCGGGCGCGCCCUCCGAGGAGGAUGCCAUUAAGCUGCUACACCGCGCCUACGAGCUAGGCGUGCGGCUCUUCAACACCUCGGACCUGUACGGCCCCUACACCAAUGAGCAGCUCCUCGCCAAGGCCUUCCCCGCCGACGCCUACCCGGAUGUGGUGUUCGCCACCAAGUGGGGCGCGCAGUUCGUGCCGGGCCAGGGCAUUGUGAACGACAACAGCAGGGGCAACUGCCGCAAGUGCUGCGAGGGCGCGCUGUCAAGGCUGCAGCGGCCGCACCUUGACCUCUACACCUACCGCGGGCCGCCCAGCACCGCCGCGGGAGUCAGCAUCGCGGACACCAUGGAGGAGUGCAAGCUGCUGCUGGCCGAGGGCAAGAUCCGCGGUGUGGGCCUGAGCGAGGUGAGCGCGGAGCAGGUGCGUCAGGCGGCGGCGGUGGUGCCCAUCGCCGCGGUGGAGCUGGAGUGGUCGCUGUUCACACGCGACGCCGAGGACGAGAUCAUCCCGACGUGCCGCGAGCUGGGAAUUGCCAUCCUGGCGUACAGCCCGCUCAGCCGCGGGCUGCUGACGGGCGCGGUGCGCAGUGCGGAGCAAAUCCACGAGGCAGACUUCAGGCGCAAGGGGUUCCCGCGUCUGGACAACCUAGACAAGAACCUUGUGCUGGUGGACCGUCUGUCCGCCAUCGCCGGCCGCAAGGGCUGCAGCCCGGGGCAGCUGGCGCUGGCCUGGGUGAUGGCGCGUGGGCCCGACGUGUUUCCCAUCCCCGGCACACGCAGCAUCGCCAACCUGGAGCAAAACAUGGGGGCCCUAGCCGUGAGCCUCAGCCCUGAGGAGUGCCGGGAGCUGGAGGAGGCCGUGCCGGCAGACCAGGUGGUGGGAGACCGCUAUGCGCACAUGGCCGCCACCUUCCACGGAGCCAAGGGCGACGCGCACCAUUAGCACGACUUGCUGCUGGAUGAGCGGGAGGGAUGGGGCGGUCUGGAUGUAUGCUCUGGGGGAGGGGAGGGGGCUUAGAGGGGGGGGAUCGCGGCUGCCUGUGUGGGGUAGCGGGGAACCUAAGGGUAGCGGGGAAGAGGGGAUCCGGAGGCGCGGCGGCUGGCGCACACAGUACGGCACCGCACACCGCGUGUUGCGUCGUGUAUGUGUAUGCCGCUUGAGGGCUUUGUUAUUGACGUGCGUUGCGGAACUACUGCGUACGUAGACCAGAGCGGAAGGCGGAGUGGGCUUGCAGCGCUCCCCGGGCCAGCCCCCUGGCCUUCAGGCCGGGCCUGUUGGCUAUUGCGCUGGGCGGCCUGAUGGGCCCAACGCAAGCGUGCUGAGGGCAGCGUCAUGAGGGCCUACCAUGACAGUGCCCGGUGAGCGGUAUUCGGGGAAUCGAAGCUGGGCGGAAUGUGGGCACGUCGACAACUGUAAACGUGCGGCUGCUGGUGUACUGAAACUCUGUAUGUACGGCCAAUGCAUGAUGGCGACGGGCACACUCGGGCACCGGAUGUGGCAUCCUGCAUCCACGCAUGUGGGUGGGUGGGUGCGUGUGAGUGCGUCAGUGCGUGCGCAAUGUUGUUGAUGCGAUGUGGUACGUACGGAUUGUCUGCGGCGUCGCUGGCUCUAGGCGAUUACGGUUAUGCAACUGCAAGCCUAACACUGCCUAACCU